CUCACUGCUUCCCCGACCUGAAGAGGUGCAGUCUUCUUGGGUCCCCAGCACUCUGUGCAGGAGGACUCUGCCCUUUCCUACCCGGGGAGCACAGGAGGAAAUGGCUGCCAUGUCUCCCCCAAUUCGAUGCCAGGGAAUGCUGAAUGUGGCGAAUGCUGUAGAGUAGCCAGAAUGAGGUCCUCUCUCAAGCAAGAAAACAAACAUCAAAUGAAACAAGUUGCAUCAGUGACAUUUGAGGACGUGGCUGUGAUGUUCACAGACGAAGAGUGGAGGCAGCUGGUCCCUGUGCAAAGGGCACUCUACAAGGCGGUGAUGCUGGAGAACUAUGAGAGUAUUGUCUCACUGGGACUUCCAGUUCCUCGACCUGAUAUGAUUUUUCAGCUGAAGGCUGGGGACGGGCCAUGGACAGCAGGUCUUCAAGGAUCUGAAGAAAGAGAAUGGCCAGAAAGCCUCUCUCUAGACUGGGAGACUAAGCCUGAGAUUCUAGAUACCUCAGAAGGAGAAAAACAAGAAGACUCAUUGAAAGAGAGUCCUCUGUGUCCUAAACUUGAAGUUCCAGCCGCAGAAGGUGAGUUGGAGCCAGAGAAAGAAUCCUCCACAGUGAACACUUGCAAGACGCCCCUUUCCCUGGACAAAAGCUUGCAGCGCCGGUUAGCACCACUCAAGAAAAUCCUCACUAAAGACCGAGAGCAGGAAUGUAGUGACUGUGGAAAGACCUUCUUUGACCACUCGUCACUGAUCCGCCACAAGAGGACUCAUACUGGAGAGAAGCCCUACGACUGUCCCGAGUGUGGGAAGGCCUUCAGCCACAGGAGCAGUCUCAGCAGACAUCUGAUGUCGCACUCUGGGGAGAGCCCCUAUGAGUGCAGCACAUGUGGCAAAGCCUUCUAUGACCAGUCGUCCCUAACUGUGCACCAGCGGAUUCACACAGGAGAGAAGCCCUUUAAAUGCAGUGAGUGUGGCAAAGCCUUCUUUGACCGAUCAUCCCUUACGCGCCACCAGAGGAUUCACACCGGAGAGAGCCCAUAUGAAUGCCAGCAGUGUGGAAAAGCCUUCAGCCAGAAGAGCAUCCUCACUCGCCACCAGCUAAUCCACACUGGCAGGAAGCCCUAUGAAUGCAGUGAGUGUGGGAAAUCCUUCUAUGGUGUCUCUUCCCUAAACAGACACCAGAAAGCUCAUGCUGGAGAACCUCGCUAUCAGUGUAGUGAGUGUGGCAAAGCUUUCUUCUACCGCUCCUAUCUCACACAGCACCAGAAGAUCCACACUGGAGACAAACCCUACGAAUGCAGCGAGUGUGGGAAGGCCUUCAGCCAGAGGUGCCGGCUCACACGGCAUCAGAGAGUUCAUACUGGGGAGAAGCCUUUUGAGUGCAGCGUGUGUGGGAAAGAGUUCAGCUCAAAGUCCUCAAUUAUUCAACAUCAACGGCGUUAUGCCAAACAAGGGCUAGACUGAGGUGGGUGGAAGCAUGAGUCAGACAAAGGACCUCCCUACAAACUUGACAGGUCUGUCUUUCUGCAAACCGCAUUUGCUUUUUCUACUCUCUCUGUUCUCCUGUCUUGUCUCUGCUUCACAGCCUUUGAAUAAAUGAUCUGUACCUACUGUGUUACAGAACUGAUACGGAAUUCACAAAUUAAGACGUGACUAUAGAUUAGACACAUUGGAUGGGGCUGAGGAUGUAGCUCAAGGGUAGACUACUUCCCUAGCAUGAAGAGACCUUGUAGUCUGAUUCCCAACACUGCAGAAGGGGAUCCUCAGACAGAUCUCCUGUCAGGACAUAGGCCCCAGUUAUCAAUGCACUUUAACUGGCUGCAGCUACUACAGGAGGGAAAGGCAGUUACCUAAGAGUAAUACCAUUUUCUCCACAAUAGUUUUGGGUUCUUUUGUAGUUGUUAGUCCCUCUCUUGGAGAUUUUGGGACAUGGGUCUUGUUCUGUCUCUUUAAAAAAAAUAUUUAUUAUUAUUUGCAAGCAGAGAGAAAGAAAGAGAGAGAUUGAGAGAAAGCAGAUAUGCAGGGGCCUCUUGGCACUGCAAAUGAACUCCAGAUGCCUGUGCCACUUUGUGCACCUGGCUUUACAUGGUACUGGGGAUUUGAACCGGGCUAUUAGGCUGCAAGCAAACACUUGAACUACUAAGCCAUCUCUCCAGCCAUAUCUUGUUCUCUUGUUGCCCCAGUUUUUAUAUCUCUUAGUAUUAGUAGUACUGGUAGCACUUAUUGAGCACUUAUCAUGGGGUAAAUUCUCAGCAAAGAAGUUUACAAAGAAUAUAUUGACCUAUCCUCUCACCAAUUCUGUGAAACAGGCACUAAGUUUUGCACUAUAAUUCAUAUACACAUAUUAUAUUAUGUUUAUUAUAUUAUAUUCUCAACUAGAUUGUAAGCACUUAGAGGUAUGAAUGAAGUUAUUUAUAUCUUACACUAUGCCUUGUAAAUAGUAAGUGCUCAAUAAAUGUUUAUCUCAGUGAAUACUGAGUUCCCUCCACUAAAAACCUUCUUGGAUUUCUCUUGAGUUCUCAAAAUCCACCUGUACCCAUAACAUCCUGGGCUCCCAUACAGUAGCAACUUCCCAAUUUGUUUUAUUCCCCCUUCAUUAAUCAAGAGGUAUAUGUUAGCUGGAGAUGUGGCUUAGUCAGUACAGUACUUGCUAGCAUGCAUGAAUUCCUGGGUUUGAUCCCCAGUACUAAAUAAACUGGAUAUGGUGACACAUGCCUGUAAUCCCUGUGUUUGAGAGGUGGAGGAUCAUGAGUCUGCCUUGAAGUAGAUAAAUUGCAGGGAAUACUUUGGGAGUAUGUGUGAACUUUGGGAGAAGCUUGAAGAAAAUAUCUAUAUUGCUUGAUUAUAUCAAGUAGAAAAUAAAAGGGAAUGUUGGCAAACUUGCCAGUUGACUAGCUUUGAGACUUCUGAACCUUUGCUGCCUUGUUGAAGACAAAUUUGAGAGUCAGCUGGGCAGGGUGGUGCACAUUUUUAAUACCAGCAUUCUGGAGGCUGAGG